AUGAAUUUCUUUUUAAGCAAACCCAAUAUAAGGAGCACGAAAUCUGAAGUCAUCCAUAAGGCAAACAACAAUAAUGUUAGCGACAACACUGUUAACAGCAACAAUGUCAGCGACAACAAUGUUGGGGGUAACAACGUCGGCGAUAACCACGUCGGCAGCCAUCAUCCCGGCAGUCACCACAUCGGAAGUCACAACGUAGGCCAUAACGGAAGAAUGCCAAAUGACCCGGGCAGUAGCAAUUUUCUACUUGAAAAUAACAACGGCUACGCAUACUCCAACUGUGACGCAGAUGGAAGAUCAGAAAUCCACUACAGUAACAAAGCUUACGACCCGCAGUAUAGCAUGUACAUGAAUAAAAUAGCAAACGAGGCCAGGUCUACAAGAAACCACACAUCUACCCACAGAAUAUAUUCGCCCAGAUCACAGUCCAUAAAUAUAUUUGCUCCAAAAGUGAAUAGGACAUCUAACAUAUCGAGAAAUUUUGAUGAUAGAAUGUCGAACAUUUCUUUUUACACCAAUAACAAAAAAAAACUGAACAAAACAUCCAUCCUCGAAUCUAAUGAUAGCUUCAAAACGCAGCCCAAUUCGCAGAUCGUCGAGCAAUCCCUAGAUUUACUUAAACAUCUAGUGCAUCAGGAAAAUAGGGAACAAUACUUAUGCGCGCAUGAAAAUGAUAAAAAAAAUAAAUUAAUAUUAAAACUAAUCGAUCAAGCUAAAAGAAAUGAUGAAAGAGUACAAGGGUUGCAAACAGAAUGUGCCAGUAACAAUUCGAUUGACAGUUACCAAAAAAGAAUGGACAUGCUACAUUUAAAAUUUAUGAAAUUAAAAUAUGAAUAUUCUCAUCUUAACAACGAAAAUGUUAUUUUAAAAAAACAGAUCAGGAAUAUAAAAGACAGUUAUCAUAUGAUAAAUCCGAAAAGUGCUACCGUGUCCUUUCCCCGGGGACCCAUACCGGAGGAGGCGCUUCGAAGUAAUGAUACCGGCAACGCUAGCAGCAUCAGUAACAUGGGCGUUAUGGGCAGCAUGAGCAAUGUUAAUAAUGAACACAGGAUGAUACAGCAACAAGGGGGAAGAGUAGUUUUAAACAAAACGACAAGUAUUAACACUAUGCAACAACCUGUGAUUCCCCCAUUUGAAAAAAAAAAAUUAGUAGACUGCCAAGUCCAAACGGAAUGCACCUUAACAAGCCCUAUACCAGACAGACCGGAUGAUAACAAAAUGGAAGAUCCCCAGUCAGCCUUCAAUGUCAGUGGGAACAAUUUAAAUUCCAAUUUGCUAAAUGAUAAUUAUCUUAGCGAAUUACGAGAACAAAUCAGGAACGAAGUUACACAAGAAAUCACAAACAAGUUAGAGCAAAAAUACAAAGACGAAUUGCUCAUGUUGCGACAGACCAUAGAGAAUAAUAAGAUGCAAAAUGAAAAUAUGGCUGAAGAAAUUUCCAUUGAUAACGUUCUCAACAAUACUAAGCAUAAACUGGAUGAACAAAUAAAUGAGACAAUUAACAAGUAUAAAAAUAGCCUUGUCGAUCAUUUUAAGGAAUUAAUAAAUGCAGCUAGCGAGGGAAGAAAAAGUAUAGGUCAGAUGCAUUCGAAGGGGGAUGGAAAUGUUAAUGGACAGGCGAACACUGAUGUGGAUAAUGUUGCUUCUCUCUCCAUUAAUGACAAAAUUAAUGAAUGCAUAAGCUUGUUCGAAAGUAUCAUCCAGAAAAAAAUAAACGCUAAAAAAAUAAAAGAGAAGAAGGAAAUGGACGAUAGUACUAGCAUAAUAAGCGCCCUUAACAACAUAAACACAGACAUAAACGACAUUGACGAUAUGAUGGAUAAGUUGCAUGCAACUGUCGGACAGACUCAUUUUUCGGAUGAUGCAGAGAGCUCACUAGGAGAAGUCGACCUUUUGGGGAAGGCCACCUCCGUUAGUGACGAUUUAGAGUUGGAGGAAGAGGCCAGUCGUAGAUCAUUAAGUGGGGCGCUUGAGAGUGGCGGAGAGGGUGAGCUACAGGAGGAAGUGACGACAGGCAUGGAUAAGGCGAGAAAAUUCCCUAAAAGGAGCGACAAUAUUGGGGAUAACGUUGACGGUCCAAUGUCCAUUCGUAGCGAUGGCCCCGCGUCCGUCCUUACUGAUGGUGGCACAUCGAGUCAAAAGGGAAAAAAUAGCACCAAGGGAGACUCCUCCCAUAGGAGUAACUUCCACGUGGAUAGCCCUCUACCUGAUAACAAGAUUGACCUGAUGGGCAAUAUGACCAUGGAGAUUAAUCCUUAUUCGGAAGAGUCAGCCGAGGUUAGAGAAGAACGUUCGAGUGAUGUAAGAAGUAAAAAUGUGAAUAUGGUUAUGCAUCAUUCGGAGAGCGGCCUGGCAAGUGGUAAUCAUACCGGUGUGCAUACCGAUGUGCAUUGGAACGUUCUCGUGGAUCAUAACGCGGGGGGGGAGGCAAAUGGCCACUUUAAGCAAGCUCCCCAAGGUGUCCACAACACCAGGCAUAUUGUAGAAGGUAUGGCGGAACAGAGUUUUAAUAAUGAGCAGAUAUUCGAUAGAGAAGAAGGCCCUCAUAAUUUAGCACCCAACGAUAUCGGCCCGUAUGACAAUCCCAAGGGGGACUUUCCAACAGGGAAAGACAACGAAGAUAUACCCACAGAAUCACCUGAUGAUAAAAAUAAAGAUAGCGUAGACACUGAAAAGGAGAAGAAAAAAAGCAAAUGGAAAAAUAUUUUCUCCACCAAAAAAACAAAAAAGAAAAAUCUAAGUGACAAUUUCGGCAAUGACACAGAAUUGUGGUCCAAAAAUGAAAAUGAUGAAAAGAAUGUUAAAGGGAAUGCCAAUGACGAAAACUUUUAUAACAGUACCAAAGCCAAUAAUACCCUUCCCAAUAAUGUGCAAAUUGAGGAAGGAGAAAUAGACGUCAUAACGAAUGGCGUAAAUGAUGGCAAGCAGAUUGAAAUCCAAAGUGACGCACAUAAAUUUGCAAGUGCAGGUUAUCCAGGUAACCAACCUUUUAUGCAUCCGUCAGGAGAUGGAAACGGAGAGAUGGUUGCAAAAAGUGCAUAUGGCUUUAAUAAGGGAGAGGAAGAAUUACACCACGGUCAUUCUAGUGCAAUGAUGAAUAACGCUUUGUCAGUAAAUCGUGCCACCCAUCACUAUGGUGGAUCCAACCUCCACACUAGUAACGACAACCAUUUCAACGAUAAGGAAAAGUUUAACCACCCUGAAAUCAACCCCUAUCAUGGUAGCAACAGUAGAACUCAAAUGAAUCCAUUUAACCACGAAAAUGGUAACAGCCCACAAAUUAAUAACACGUAUAAUACAUCGAAUGGAAAUAGUUUAUACAUGUAUCAAAGUAAUAAUGAAAAAAAAAAUGGACCUAAUUACAAUGCCAAGGGUGAUUACGCAGUUAACUACUCUGUAUAUUCGUACAACCCAGCUGCUAAUAACAAAACGGGUGUUCCCUCACCAAGCGAAGAAAGAUAUGAGGAGAAGCCAUUUUAUAAAGAACAUAAUAACAAUACACACGUUAUGAACAAUACUGGGGAGGUGCAUCGAAAUGAUAAUGUCCUAUUUAUAGAAAAUAAUAAUAGUAAUUUUGCAAAAGCAACAGGGACGUCUCAAAAUAGCCAAAAUGCAAACUUGGUCAAUGUUUUCCGUGACGAUAUGGAUGGUAAUAAAGGAAACAACGGAUUGAAUCGUGCAGACAAUGUGAAUAAUCAGUAUGAUUUUUUUUACAAUUUGAACGAUACCAAUGAGGCAAGGCCGGAAUAUUGCCCUUGGGGCCAUCAGAACAAGACCGCUUGCAUAAGUAGCUACAAUGGAGAAGGCCAAUUUGGCGAAAUGGCAAACAUAAAACGAGUAAGCAGCAGUACAAUAAAUAUGACCAAGAACACCAGUGAUUUGACGCAGAAUGGCCAAGUCAAAUUAUCCACGAAGAGUGAAGUACACUAUAACACAUUCAAGGCUCAAAAGAAUAAAACAAAAAAAAAUUUAGAAGACCUUUUUGCCUAG